AUGGCUACAAACCCAAAGCUUGCGGACCUUCUCAAGAGAAACGCUCCCGUAUUAGACUCUCUAUACUCAUUUCUGACGAUUGCCGAUGUACAGCGAUUACACAGAGUCUGUAAGGCCUUCUGGUGGCUCAGCGAUGACAUACGAUCGCGGCUCAAAACUAAACUCAAAACUAAACUCAAGCAAUUUGUCGACGAGCCUCAGACUUUCCUCCAGCAAUUGAAGGUGAAUCGUGGCUUGGUUCAUGGUCUGUUCGUGCUGAACGUUCUGACCUUGAACCGUUCUCAAGAUCGUUUCUUGGAUGUGCAUGUUGAGCAUGGCGCCCCCUUUGAUUCAUUCGCCGACUAUCUGGAAAACACCGAGCAUUAUGUUCUCCAGAGCAUCGAGACGAAGUAUAGUAUCUACGGUCGUGGCUCUGCCACCGCUACCACUAUUCGUUUAAGAGCUUACAAUGGUGCACCGGGUCAAGCCAUUCUGAACUCCUCUUUCACGACUGCAGACGUCAAUGUUAUCUCAUGGAACAAAAUCUAUUCAGUCUUUCCCUCGAUGACUAUUGACGACCAUGAGUUCUACCCCUUGAAGCCUCUCGACGAUAGCUUCGGGGUUCAUCUGAAAGAGCUUAGUCGACACGGCUGGACGACACGCGACUUGCGCUGGCCAGAUACGACGACCCGACCGCUUCGAGGAUCAGGUCAGCGAAGGUUCGGCGACAGUCUGUCGCUCGUCUUUCAACUUGGCGAUGACUCUAUGGAACUAAAAGACUUGGAGAUCACCAUGUUCUCUCGCUCCAUCGAGUACUCUCAAUUCGACGUCAUUGAAGUACAACUCCCCCGAUUGGGGUUCGGUAGAGCCGCCUCAAAUGGUGGCAUGAAUCCGAUACCUUUUCCAAGGUCCUCCAUCCGUAUGGAGGUGAAUGAGGUCGCCUCACCAGCCUUGCGUUUUCGAUACACAUGCGGCGACAAGACCCACCACAAAUCGUGGUUCCAAUUCAUCGAAGAACGCCUCAGACGAUGGGCUCUGGUUGAAUUAUUCAAGAUGAGCCCUGAAGGCCGGCCCAAUAACUUUGCCAAUGCUGGCCCCCCUCAGAAUUUCAGAAUCUCUCUUCCUAGUGGUUUUGAAGCGCCGAAAGAUUGGGAUUACGCUGAUGAUCAGAUGCCACCAUGGUUCGAUUUCUGGGAGAAACAGAAGGACCCAGCGUAA